AUGCGCGCGUCUUCGAAUAAGAACACCGGGAAACCGAGACCGCCUGUUGCGAUGAAUGAUGCUGGCAACAACAACACCAACGGAAGAGGAAGAGGUUUUGGAGGAAAACAAAAAGUAAUGGCACAAAAAUACGCAUUCAUCGUCCUGUUUUCGCUUUUGUUUUUCACCGUCCUGAGUCCGUAUGUACGACCGACGAGGGAGAGCUUUUACGAGAAGUGCGUGAGAGAGAGAUUAGGAUCAAAAGGAAAAGGAAAAGGAGGAUUGAUGUCCAACGCGCUCGCGCUCGUCGCCAGAUCGAUUGUACCGGAAGGCGAGCAGUGCUCGAAGAACAUGCUCUACGACGAUUAUUUCCUCUUCUCGACGAUGGUGGUGAACGAGAGAGUGUAUUUAGGCGUGUUGUCAUCGGUUUGGGUGCCAAUUCCUUGGCCGGUAUCCCUCGUCUUGGCGAAAACAGUUUUGGCGUUUGCGCGAGCCAAUCGGAAAGUUUUGAAAGUGUACUUUGCCGGUUGCGUCGGUUUCGUUUUGAUGAAAGUUUUGAAGAAGAUUAUGAUGGUCGUUAAACUCGCGUUUGCGGUGAUCGCGUUGAAAUUGUUCAGCGGGGAGAGUUUUGGAUGGGUUUUAAUCACUCUGGCGUCUCACGGAGCGUUCGCGUAUUUAGUUUUAUUCGAGAGGUUCCCAAAGUUGAAGAAAAUCGUGUUUCCGCGACGAGGCGGUGGUGGGAAGAGACACGACGGAUGA